ACAAGGUGUACUGUAACCAAGACCGAAAAAGAGAAGCCAUGUCGUUCCGAGAUUAUCCAGAAAAUACCCGAUUGUUCAUUCUUACAGGGAAAGGUGUAACAGAGGACACUCUAAGAGAAAAAUUUGAACAGUAUGGAAAGAUUGAGGACUUGUGGAUCGUGAAGGACAAACGCACACAUGAAGAUAAAGGUGUUGUGUACAUCACAUUUUCAAAAUGUUCAGAGGCUGCCCUGGCUAUGGAAGAGAUGAACGGGAAGAUUUUAGAAGGCAACCCUCGGCCCCUCAAGGUAAUAAUGGCGAGCACAAAGCGUGAUGGGUCGGUACGAGAUAACAGAGAAGAAGAGAAGACAACGCGCCUAUUUGUUAUCAUCCCAAAAUCAUUCCAGGAAGAUGAUCUCACCAAGGCUUUCACAGAGUUUGGGGAUGUACACUCUGUGAAUGUACUGCGAGACCGGGACUCCGGCUCACCAAAGGGGUUUGGUUUUGUGAGGUUUCAUCGACCCUACCACGCUGCUCUUGCUCUGGAAAACUGUGACAAAUCCUUCAAGCCAAAGUUUGCUGAACCAAAAAAGGUCCAGGAGACUCCAGACCGUUAUGACCGUGAUUCAUAUAGCCGCAGAGAUGAUCGGUCUGAUAGAUCUGAUCGGUCUGACCGGUACAACGAUCGCUAUGAUGACCGAUAUGAACGGAGGGGGCCACCAGGGGGAUAUCCAUAUGACAGAGAUGAUAGGGACAGGGGUUUGAAGCGCAGUCGGGAUGACUAUCAUGACCGUGACCAGAGAGACCGUGGACGGGGCCGUGAGGAUUUCAUCGGGAUGGACGGGCGAUCCAGAUACAGCGCUUCCAGCUCUCAACUUGACCAGGACCAUCGCGGUGGCAGUGUUAGCGGAGGUUCUAUGGACCUGCUUCCAGACUUCCCCCACGCAAACUGUCAGCGUCUACAUGUGACCACCACUAUGGGCCUCACCCAACCGUACCUACAUAAGCUGUUCAACAUUGUGCCGGGCCUCGAAUAUUGUGACCUCAAUGAACAGACAGGUGUAGCCUAUGUGCGUUACGAGACACCUCAGCAAGCUGCGUAUGCCCGGGAGAAGCUAGAUCAGUUUGAAUACCCGAUUGGGAGUCGCCUGUCUGUGAGGUUUGCAGACAACAUGGGAAGACAGUCCAGCAUGGAUAACUAUAUGGCCUCGCCAGGUAGUUACAGGGGAGGUGGAGGCAGGAUGGAUCUGAUGGGAGAUAACUCUGUACAACAGGUCCAUCAGGCUGCCCGUGUCUUGGAACAGGCUGGUAUCAACCCGGACCUAGUCCUACAGCCUAACGUACUUGGGCAAGGGUCAGUGGGGGGUCAUGCCUUGUCCGCAAACAACAUCACCUCUCCACGGGACGAUAUAAAUGAGCGAGUCACUUAUUGCAAUGCCAAGCUGCCCUUGGUUAAGUCGUUACUCCCAGAGGAUACCCCGACGGAUCAGAGGCUGUUUAUUGUGUGCCAACCGGCAGCUGUUCCAGAGAGAAUACUUAGGGAUGCCUUCAGCAGAUUUGGGAACCUGAUUGAGGUGUACCUUCUUAAUGGGCGUAACUUUGGCUAUGCGAAGUAUGCCAACAAGGAUUCUGCAAUGGCGGCCAUACGAACUCUGCAUGGACAGACUGUAGCUGGACAAAGACUUAAGGUUCUGGAGGCGGAGCCAAUGAAGAAAGAUGAGGAUGAGGCCCACAAACGUCAGAGAACUGAGGUCCCCAUGUAAAGAAGGAGACAAAACAGCUGACAUACAGUGCCGAGACGUAUUUUGGACAUACAUUACAAGGAUUUACUGAAGAGACACAUUACAGGAAUUUACUGAUGUUUACAUAAUACCGGAGACAUACAUGUAUUACCAGAAUGAUGCACAAACUGGACACUAGUUUGAUAACGUUUACUACUCUUGGUUUAAAGGAGGACUCAACCAUUGUAAACUACAACUUGUGUGACAAAACUACAAUAACCCAACUCUGUGUUGAAAGAAUGACAAUUUUUGUUGAAAGAAGGACAUUUUUUGACAUAUUCAUAAUUGUGACAUUACAGCCUGACUUACUCGAGGAUGGAAGUUCUUUUUGACCUUAACUUGGCAACUGUGCCACAAAGUCACAGUUUAUUUCACUUUACUACAUUGAGAUGUCCUGAGAAAAAGAUGUUCUAAAUCAAAAUUUUGUUCAUAUUCUUACAUCCAUCAUGAUCAUAUUAAAUUGCCUUGUGACUUUGGUUAUAUGCACAUGUACAUUUAAGCGUGUAAAGCUAACAGUUUUUAUACAUUGUCUGAUAUUCUUUGGCUCAAAGCAGCAGAAACUCGUGUUGUACAUGAACCCAUUACACGGUAAUCCCAAUUUCAUUCAAGUCAGGUCAUUUCAAUGAUUUCUUAUUCAUAAUUAUUUUCCAUAGUUAAAUAAUAUCAAAAUAUUAUUCUGUAAUUCAUAUUAAAGUUGUUGAUCUUAAAUGUAGAAAGUUUGUGAUUUUGAUCAAAGUAUGAUUUUGUUCUGAAAAAAUCUCUUGAAAAAUUAGUAAUUUCAUAUGCCUUUUAUAACACUAUCUAUUAAACAGAACUCAUUCAAUGUGUGUCAUAAAGAUGUUGUACUGUGAGUGCCAAUAAAUGUAGAAAAAGUUU